AAGGCGCGCGCCUGACGUCUGCCGCUUUGUGCGCUAGUGGCGCUCUGUGGCGGUUACCAACCUCAUUGUGUUUUUGUUACACGCAUGGUCAACAGUCUCUUCAUCAUGCCGAAGAAUAAGUACCGCAGCCCUUCCCGUUCUCGCUCGAGCAAGCGCAGGCGUAGGUCUCGCGAUAGAUCCCGUGAGCGUGCGAGAGAGGUUAGGCGUAGCAGGUCGCCUCGCCGAGCUCCGUCGGAGGAAUCCCCGUCCUCGCAUCCUCCAGCUCAGGAUAAAAUCGCCGAAGCUUUGUGGAAGAUCUUCGAUUUCAUGGAAAAACAGAGUGUGCCAGGCUCUUCGGCUAGCCUCCAUCCUGCACAGGCCACUCGUUUCCCCCAGGAGAGUAGGCACGACGAUGCCUCUCCUGUGGAGGUUUUUUCGACGGAUGAGUAGACCUGUUAUAGAUAAGCUUGCUACUUUCUAUUCGUACGAUUUCCUCCCGUUAGCGACGAUAACCAAAAAACUCGUGGUGCUCCUCGCGCUUGGCACCGGUCAACGCGUCCAGACUCUGGCAGCGAUCAAAGUCUCAAAUUUUGUUAGCAGAUCAGCUGCUCAUUCGUAUUCCUGAGCGCCUCAAAACUUCAGCGCCGGGGCGCCCUCAGCCCUUCUUUUCUUUUUCUCCCUUCGUGGACCACGACAAUCUCUGUCUUUACCGUUUGAUGUCGCAUUAUUUGAACGUUACGCAACAUCUUCGCGUCAUCUUUCGAUACUCUGUUCGUUGCCUAUCGUAAACCUCACACAGCAGUAGGUCCGCAAACUAUUAGUCGCUGGAUCCGUUCGUGGCUUUCGGAAUGCGGCAUCCGGACGGAUAUUUUUUCGGCGUAUAGUACUCGACACGCAUCGACAUCCUUUGCAGCUCAUCACGGCAUCUCUCUCGAUAUAAUAAAACGAGCAGCGGGCUGGUCCGGUCAUUCUCGCGUUUUCGCGCAAUUUUAUAAUCGCCCUGUAGUUAAUCCCGAACAAUUUAGUGAUUCUUUAUUACGUCGAGCUUAAUAUUUAUCACAAAGUUCGCUCCUUCGCCUUGUGUUGCCUUAUUUACUAUGUAGGUUGCCUUCAUAUCAGAUAGCAUAUUUUAUUUUAUUUAACAGUUGGCGAUAACGUCCUUCGGCUCAUGUUCUCUUAAGUAAGAAAGGUAAAAAAAAACGUAACCACAAAUAUUUCGCAAAGCAGUUCCUUCUUUGCUACGACGAGCAAAUCGCCUUCUGAACAUCUACAUUGUCCAUCCGGAACGAGACCAACGGCAUAAUUAUAAAAUCAAACGAACUCACCGAGUGAAGUUCGAUUUGAAUUAUGCCUGGUGUCUCGUCCGGAUGGACCAUUCCCACCCGCAGCUACGACUGCUCCCUUCCCCUUCCUUGACUGAGGUGGGCGAUUCGCUGUUCUCAAAUAAACAGGUUGGUAACCGCCACAGAGCGCCACUAGCGCACAGAGCGGCAGGCGUCAGGCGCGCGCCUUUCUUCCGCUUUUAGCGGUUAUUCUGAAUAUGUUGGCCAACGCGUGCAUAGAAGCACUACUACAUUGUCCAUCCGGACGAGACACCAGGCAUAAUUCAAAUCGAACUUCACUCGGUGAGUUCGUUUGAUUUUAUAAUUCUUUCGCAGCUGUAAUCUGAGUCGCGGGCGCGACUAUGACGAUACUGAGAAGUUUUUCUUAUUCGGCGUGCCGAAAUUAUGAAUAUUAUUUUAUUAUUAAUAUUAUUAUUUAUAAUAAUAUUAAUAAUAUUCUGCGCCGAGAAAAUGAAAUAUAUUUCAUUAAUUGUUUU